AUGCCAAUUGAUCCAAUUCGUUACGUUACUAGAGUUGAUUUAGAUAAACCUGGUGAUCAACAACCUCAAGUUCAUAAUAGAUGGCAUCCUGAUAUUCCAUGUUCUGAAACUAUUAAACCAGGGGAAGUUGUUAAAGUUGAAUGUCUUGAUUGGACCGGUAAUCAAAUUAAAAACACUGAUACUGCUGAUGAUAUUUUAAACGUUGAUUUAUCCAGAAUUCAUUAUUUAUCAGGCCCAUUUAAUAUUGAUGGUGCAGAACCUGGUGAUGUUUUGGUAGUUGAAAUUAAAGAUGUUCAACCUUUAGAAAGACAACCUUGGGGCUAUUGUGGAGUGUUUCAUAAAACUAAUGGUGGUGGAUUUUUAGAUAAAUUUUAUCCAGAAUGUGCUAAAGCUAUUUUUGAUUUUGAAGGUAUUCACGCAACAAGUAGACAUCUUCCUCAUGUUAAGUUUACAGGAUUAAUUCAUCCUGGUAUUAUUGGAACUGCCCCAUCUGCUGAAAUUCUAAAAGAAUGGAAUGAGCGUGAAACUAAAUUAGUUAAUGAAAUUCAAAAAGAUUAUGAAACAAGUGUUGCUAACUUACCACUAGAAUUAAAUGCACAUUCUGGAUCUGCUACUGGUGAAUUGGCUGCUAAAAUUGCUAAAGAAGGUGCAAGAACUAUCCCUGGAAGACCUGAAAAUGGUGGAAAUUGUGAUAUCAAAAAUUUAUCAAGAGGAUCAAAAGUUUACCUACCAGUUCAUGUCAUGGGAGCAAAGCUAUCUUUAGGGGACAUUCACUAUAGCCAGGGAAGUGCAGAGAUAACUUACUGCGGAGCUGUGGAGUGUUGUGGUUUAAUUACAAUCAAAACUUCUUUGAUUAAAGGUGGUGUUGAAGAAUCGAGUUUGAAAAGUCCAAUUUAUAUUCCAGGUGAUCUUCAAAAUCAUUAUGGACCAUCAAGAUACUUAACAUUUGAAGGUUUUUCAGUAGACGAAGAUGGUAAUCAAAAGUAUUUGUGUGCAACAACUGCGUUUAGACAAGCUUGUAUUAGAGCCAUUGAAUAUUUAAGAAGAUUUGGUUACAAUGAUUAUCAAAUUUAUAUGUUACUAUCAAGUGCACCAAUUGAAAAUGAAAUUGCAGGAAUAGUAGACGUUCCAAAUGCUUGUACAACACUUAGUGUUCCAAUGGACAUUUUUGAUUUUGAUAUAAGACCAGAAGCUGAGAUUAUAAAAAGAGAUAUGAAAAAUUGUGCUUUAGUUUCGAAUGCAAAGCAUGAAAUUAUUUAUAAAUUUAAAUAG